AUGGACUUGUCGCAGAUCACAGUCCCAGUGCUUCCAACUGCUGUUCCGAAUGCACACGCAACUUCUAGCACUCUGGCUCAUUUCCCGAAGACUCGCGAUGUGACCCAGCCAGUCUACGAGCCAAAGAGACAUGGCACAAAUCUAAACAUCAACAUGGACUUACCGGGUGACAAAGUAUUCCUCGAAUCCCACGUCAACGCGUACUUCGGGUCCUUCAGCACGAUUCCACAGUACGCUUUCCUCCACAAAGCCACCUUUCUCCGAGCUUUCCAUCACGACACUGUCGACCCUCUCUUCCUCCGCUGCGUCUGCGGUAUUUCCUCCCGCUUCCUCCAGCCCCAGUCCGAUAAUACCUACGUUUCCUCGUGGCUUCAGGAUGUGGAGGCACAGAUCUUUCCACGAUUGGGCGACAUGAAGGUACAAAAUUUGCAACUUCUCCUGCUACUGAUUUGCUGGUACUCGCUGGAACGUAAGAUCUCGAAUAUGUGGACCGCAUCAGCGAUGGCCGCACGGAUUGCGUACGGCAUUCGAUUAAACUACGAAGCGCCUGGGAAUGUGCCCUUUCUGUCGAAAGAGGUCCGCCGACGCCUUAUGUGGUCGAUUUUUAUGCUCGAUAAAUACUAUGCCGGUGGGUUUGGAGAGUUAACGCUUUGCAAUGCCGAGACCAUGCAUGUCAAUUUGCCCUGCGAGGAGAGGAAUUUCGAAUUGGAUAUACCGGUUACAACAUUUCCGCUGAACACAUCACCAUCACAAACCUGCAAGUCUGUUAGUGAUAUAGGAAUAAUGGGCCACAUGUCUCGACUCGUCCAGAUCCGGCACGAAGUGCUAGCGUACGUUCCUGAGAUGCACUCAAAGUACCAUCUAACAUCAAACAGAGUUACAAAACAAAUCAUCACCAACAAGGCCAACCCAUACGAUUCCAGAUCUGAAAUCCAAGCUCUAUCGACAAAGCUCCAAAUGUUCAUCGCAAGCCUCCCAGCACACCUCCAAAAUACCCUUCCAAACCUCCUCAGCCGUGCCUAUACAUCUGACAUAUGCGGCUACGUUGGCCUGCACACUCUCUGGCACCAAUGCCACUGCGACUUAUACAGGUUCAUGAUCCCAGGGAUCAGGGAAUCCAUCCCGGAAUACAUACUGCGCACGGUGCCGACAUCAUACGCAGACGAGUGUCGACGACUUUGUCUACAUUAUGCGAAUGAGAUGUGCAAAUUGUGGACAGAGACGAUGCGGGAGGCUGAUAUGAGCCGUAUCACGGAUCAGGCGAUGGGGAUUUAUGCAUACCAGUGCGCGAAUAUCCUGAUUAACUUGUGGGAUUUGGACUCUCAAGGUUGUAAACCGAGCGAUUGCGAGCUACGGAGGUCAUUGGCUGGUAUCGUGGGGCUUUUGGAGAGGUUGGCGGGGAUUUAUCCUAUUGUUGCGGAGAUUAAAUCCGAAAUAAAAUCACUCAUUGAUAACCUCGACAUCGUGACAACAUUCUACACCAGCCACAGCCAUACUCUCUACCAGCAGUCUCUGACUGCAACUUGGAGAGCCAGCCUACGGCAGCAUGGGACACAAGAAGGACAAACCACGUCUCGAUUUUCGCUGCUUGAGUCUCUGCACAAUCAGAAUAAAUCGGAAGAAUCCCACACAGAGGAUACGGACACGGUCAAUAUCGCGGCUGACACCCAUCUUCCAGGGGCUGGUACAACUGUGGAGACCACCUAUUGCCUCGAUGUAUCUCAACCUCCACCUUCCGAAGAACUUGUGACAGAUGACUUUUGGUCAACGACCUUGAAUUUGGACUUUGAUUGCUACGAUACGCGUGUGGAUCCUUUCUGUCGUGUCUUUGAAGAUUGGGCUCUAGCAGAUGACUCCUGA